UUAGUAUUAUUUAUCAACACAAUCUUUUUUUUUUCGUUGAGAUAACCAAAUAUUUUAAUUAUUAAAAAUUUAUCAAUCUCCUUCCGACAGAUGAACGCGAUCGAAUAGGUGGGUGUGUUAGUCACCUGCCACGUGUCUCUUUAGUUAGCUUGCGCCCUACGGACAAUUCCUGUGGGCUCUACGUAGAGCCAGUGUGCUCUGUAGCCUCUUUUUUUUCCGUGCCCUUAAAAGAUCCUUUUCCUUUCUGGGAAAUUUCAUGGAAGGAAAAAUUAAAAAAAAAAAAAUCAUAUAUUUCCUUACCUUUUUUUGAUUAGUUAAAUAUCAAAUGUGCGAAUCCUUGUGUUUUUCUUCUCUGAAUUGUUUACCUCUUUUCAACUAAUUUUCCAGCCGAAAUCUUAGGGUUCAUCGUUUUCCCAGAAGAAUCAUCGUCGCUUCGAACUGGUUUUUGGUGUUCAUCGAGAGCUAAGAUGGACUGUGCAGUAGUUUCGUGUGGAGUUAGUCUCCAGCAUGAUAUUCAGAUGAUGGAGUGUUCUUGGUCGAAUAAGAAGAAGAGAACUCUGAAACCAGUUAAGUCGAGAGGUUUCAGCAUUAGAGAAGAGGAACAAAAGGGAGUCACGAGGUCUCGGCCUGUAAUCUUGAAAGUCUUUUACCGGAAACGGAAGCGGUCGAUAGCUGAUAACGACGACUCUGCGGUUAAAAGGAUGAGAGAAUGCGUCAAAGUGGAAAGCUUUGAUGAAGCUGAAGAAGCUGUUCCUACGGUAACAUCUGAUAAGAAGGAGCAGGGUUCUGAAAAAGACGAUGAUUUGGUUUUGGGAAGCUAUAUCAGUGAAAUGCGGAGAAAGAACACUGUGAAAAGGAGAGAAGAUGAGCAAGAAGUUGAAGCUAAGAUGAAGUUAGUGUCUGAGAUGAAAGAGGAACAUGGUGAUUGCGCGAUAGUAGCUAAUGGGAUCUCUGAAGUCGCUAGUAAAAGGAAAGGCAGAGGCAAAGCAGAAGUUGAAGAAGAUAUGGAUUGGGAAGAAGAACUCAAGACUAAGGCAACAUCACGAAGAAGGAGCCGAAGUUUAGGCUGUGCAGCUGCUAGGAUAGAAGAUAAGGGAGAAGAAGAAGUUGAAGUUAAAGCUAAGAUGAAGUCACUAUCUGAUGUGAAAGUGGAACAUUCUAAGGAUGAUGAUUGCGCGAUAGUAGCUAAUGGGACCUCUGAAGUCGCUUGUAAAAGGAAAAGCAGACGCAAAGCAGAACCUAAAGAAGAUAUGGAUUGGGAAGAAGAACUUAAGACUAAGGCAACACCAUCACGAAGAAGGAGCCGAAAUUUACUUUGUGCAGCUGCAAGUGGAGGCUCCAAAAGUCCAGAAAAUGUCACAGAUGUUAGUCGUUCUCGCUCACGCUCAAGCUCACGUUCGCCAACUUCACAAGUCUCAGAUUCUCUUCUGAAAACUGGGAGUUCUGAUGACUGCACAAGCAUUAAAAGUACUUCAAAGGAGUCUAAGAAACGUCAAGCAAUUUGCCAUCAGUGCUUGAAACGGGAAAGGAUCACUCUUGUCAUUUGCAGUGAAUGUGAAGAGACAAUGUAUUGUCUUCAGUGUAUUCGGAAAUGGUAUCCGCAACUAUCUGAGGCUGAUAUCGUUGAUAAAUGUCCUUUCUGCCGCAAAAACUGUAAUUGCAGCAGAUGCUUGCAUCUCAAUGGUCUAAUCGAGACCUCGAAUAGGGAACUCGCGAAUCCUGAAAGACGCCAUCAUCUCCAGUACUUGAUUGCAUUGAUGCUUCCGUUUCUGAAUAAGUUAUCCAAAUCCCAGUUUCAGGAGAUUGAAAUGGAGGCAAAGUUUCAAGGAAAACUCCUUUCUGAAGUUGACGUAAUUAGAGCAGAAAGCUUCAGUGAUGAACGUGUAUACUGUGACCAUUGCGCAACUUCAAUUGUUGACUUGCACCGAAGCUGCUCAAAUUGCUCUUAUGAGCUUUGUUUGAACUGUUGUCAAGAGAUUCGGGAAGGAUCUGUUUUCGAACGCCCUGAAGUGAAGUUACAAUAUGUUGAUAAAGGAUACAAGUAUAUGCAUGGUUUAGAUAUGGAACCGAGCUUCUCUUCUGUCUCUAAGGAUGACGAAGAAGCUAACCCAUCAUCCGCUAAGUGGAAAGCCGGCUUCAAUGGAAGCAUCAGUUGCGCACCAAAGGAGCUAGGUGGUUGUGGUGAUGGUAUCUUGGAGCUUAAGCGGAUCCUACCAAAGAAGUGGAUGUCAGACUUGGAACAAAAGGCAGAGACUUUCUUGGCAUCAUACGAGAAAAGCCCUAGAGCGUUGAACUGUAGGUGUUCUUCUGCCUUGGAGACGGAUAUGACAAAGAAAGCAGCUUCGAGGACAACCUCAAGCGACAACUACCUCUUCUGUCCUGAAUCACUUGAUGUUUUGAAGGAAGAAGAGCUUCUACAUUUCCAAGAGCAUUGGUCAAAAGGUGAACCAGUAAUCGUCAGGAACGCUCUUGCUAACACACCUGGUUUGAGCUGGGAGCCGAUGGUGAUGUGGAGGGCUUUAUGCGAGAAUAUGGAUUCAUCUAAGAUGUCUGAAGUCAAAGCAAUUGAUUGUUUAGCUAAUUGUGAGGUGGAGAUCAAUACUCGUCACUUCUUUGAAGGUUAUAGCAAAGGAAGAACAUAUGAAAACUUCUGGCCUGAGAUGUUGAAGCUCAAGGACUGGCCUCCUUCUGAUAAGUUUGAAGACCUUCUGCCUCGUCACUGCGACGAGUUCAUAUCCAUGUUACCGUUCCAAGAAUACAGCGACCCUAGAACGGGGAUCCUCAACAUUGCAGCAAAGCUCCCUGAAGGACUCAUCAAACCGGAUUUGGGUCCAAAGACCUACAUUGCGUAUGGGAUUUCAGAUGAGCUAGGGAGAGGAGAUUCCGUGACCAAGCUUCACUGCGAUAUGUCAGACGCGGUUAAUAUUCUGACGCAUACAGCUGAAGUAACGUUAAGCCAAGAACAGUUAUCUGCAGUCAAAGUUCUGAAACAGAAACACAAGGAACAGAACAAGCGAGAGGAACAGGGGAAUGAAUAUAGCGGCGAUAUUGGCUGUAGCCAAGAGGAAGAAGAGCUGAACACGCCGGAGAUUCUGAGCUGUGAAAACGAGCAGACUCGUGACGAAACGGGAAGUGCUCUUUGGGACAUAUUUAGAAGAGAGGAUGUUCCUAAGUUAGAAGAGUAUCUAAGAAAGCAUUGCAGAGAGUUUCGACACACUUUUUGUUGUCCAGUCACAAAGGUUUAUCAUCCGAUACAUGACCAGUCAUGCUAUUUAACCGUAGAGCAUAAAAGAAAACUCAAGGCGGAAUUCGGGAUCGAACCAUGGACGUUUGUGCAAAAGCUAGGAGAAGCUGUGUUUAUUCCCGCGGGUUGUCCUCAUCAAGUUCGGAAUCUAAAGUCUUGCACAAAAGUGGCAGUUGACUUUGUGUCACCAGAGAACAUACAUGAGUGUCUGCGUUUGACUGAAGAGUUUCGCCAACUUCCCAAGAACCACAGGGCCAGAGAGGACAAACUUGAGUAG